AUGUCCAUUCCCAAUAAUUAUGCAACAGACCAGACUCACCCGUGCUGUCACGGAAGAAACAAGAACGAGGAAAAUGAAGUCGGAAACGCAGCGCCUGCGAUGAUGCACGGGCCCGUCGAUACUACGCCUCUUGAAGCCCCCACGUCCAUACAAUCUGACUGUGUAUCUGCAGGCCUCUAUUCAGAAGACGAGCUGCCUGUCCCUUCCCUAGAGGAGCGACAAGCCGGUGAAGAUGUUAUCAUGGCAGACAUGCUAACAGCUAUGCAACUGGAGGGCCUGGAGGUAAGCACUCCUUCCCCGGAGAGCCAGUGGACGAACAUGGGCGUAGAAGCUGAUUCGGAAGCCAAUUCGGUCUCAGCGGAGCUAAACGAACAACAACCCGAAAGUCUUCAUGCUUCGGACGGAUCAGCUCACAGCGACUCCUUGACGGCUACAGGUUUCGCGGAUGACGAGCAGACCGCACAGCCCGAGGAGUACGCAGACGAUGCCGACUCUCUAGAGCUCGAGGAUUUUGACAUUGACUUCAGCGAGCUUCUCCCAUCGGACUUCCCAGAUUUCCCCUUCGAUGAUCUGAAUGACCCCUCCGACGAAAGAUGGGCAGAGAUGCUGAAAGAAGUCGACGCCUGGAACAAAACACACAACGGCGCAGCCGAAGAAGACACUCACACCACCCCCACUCCCGGCGAACCCUUCACAUACGCCGUCGACCCCUUCAACCCCGAAAUCUGCAAAGCCGAUCUAAUCCGCUGCCCCAUUCCCAUCCCCACACCAGAAACCGACAUCCUCGCCCACUUCUCCACAGAAUACGCACGCUCAAUCCGUCUCCUCAAAGUGAAAUACCGCUGGUACCACUCCAGCCCCUCAGACUGGCAAAAAGAAGUCAGCACCCUCAUCUCCGCCAUCGACAACACCUCCAACAACCUAGAGCCCUGGCUACCGUUGCACAGAUGGCUCGUACUAUACCGCCGCCUCAUGCAAGGCGCGACGGCCCGUGAGCGCUACAAGACCAAGAAUUUCUUACUGAAGAAGUUGGAGGCGGUGGCUAAGAUGCGGAUGGAGGAGAGCGAAGGGGAUGAAGUUGGCGCAUGGGGCUUUGUGUGGGAUGAAGCGGGCGGUUGA